AUGGAGUACGUUAGCAAUUCUUCUCACUGGACUCCAACCAUCGCCGCGAUUGGAAAUCCUAGCGACGGUUACUCCGUUAACGACUACAUGUAUAAUAGCAACGACACGUUCUCCCCGCCAGGACCGCCGCCGAUUGAAGUAUGGCUACCCUCCGUCCUAGUGUACGCGAUCACUUUCGUGGUUGGUCUAAUCGGUAACGUAUUAGUGAUAUUUUCAAUACAGAAAUGCAGAAGUCUCCAGAACGUGACCAACACCUUUCUGGCAAGUUUGGCCACAGCAGACCUGAUAAUAGUCGUGAUCGUCAUACCAUUCCAAACACCAACCUAUUUCCUCUGGAAAUGGGAACUGGGAGAAACUGUCUGCAAAUUACUGCCAUACCUUACGUUGCUUUCCAGCGCCUCCUCGGUUUUUAUGCUCACUACUCUGAGUAUUGAAAGGUAUUUUGUCAUCGUCCACCCUUUGCUUGCCAAGUCUAUGAUUACUCCAGGUAGAGCUCGCAAGAUAAUAUUAACCGUAUGGAUCUUUGCACUUGUCUAUAGUUUCCCGCCGCUUUAUUAUAAGAGACUUAUAACGCACGAUUUUCCUAAUUACACAAAAUACUACACCUGCAAUACCUAUUGGCCAAACGGCGAUCUCGGAAAGGCGUUCUCGGUCUACCUACUCCUCGGGAUCUACCUCAUUCCCUUGUUUAUAAUGAUAUUCUGUUAUUCUCGGAUUAUCUACGAGUUGUGGAUCAGCGCCAAGCGAUGUCACCAGAUGCAACAGAGGCCGACAGGUGCGAGGCGUGUUUAUCGAGCAAGUCCUGCCUUGAGCGAGCGUGGGAACGAAAAAAUCUACACUGAGAGCGGCAUUACCAUUAGCCGUUCUAGCGAGGUGAUCUUCGAUGAGCAAGAAGAGAUGUCAAAACGACGUAGGACUAGGAUUGACGUUGACCAUGGACGAAAACAGGUCAUCGUCAUGCUGCUACUUGUGGUGGCGCUGUUCAUGAUAUGCUGGGGUCCGCUCAUCUGGUUUGUGUUUCUGAUAGAGUUCGGGUUCUUUCCGCGGCUCCACCUCACGAGAACGUACCUAGGUAUCGCGUUCAAUCUCCUCUCUUACCUGAAUAGCUGUAUGAAUCCCAUUUGCUACGCCUUCAUAUCGCGGACUUUCAGACAGUGUUUUAAAUGGGCGUGCACGGCUAGUUGCGUUAGCAGCAUCAACGACCCCACGCGUCGACGCGGUCCAGCGCGCAAUGGGACCAUCACUACGAAGAGCACAGCGACCUCUCUGUAUCGACCGGUGUCUUUGGGACGUUUGCGGAACUCUGACGUCAUAGCGACCCCCGAGGCGAGUCCAGCUCUCAGAAGGUCAACUCCUAGAUCUAGUCCAUUGUUAGUAGGAUCUCGAUCACCAGCAAGGGAUCGGAAUUAUAUUCGAAAAUCGCCGUGUAGCAGUCCGAUGACGGUGCGUUAUUCUACCAGGCUCGGUGACAGGUGUCACGAUACAGCAACAGUUGUGUGGAACAAUAAAUGCAAAGCUAGCCCUACCGCGUUAACCAGUGAAAGUCACGUCUGA